AGAAGAAGUAUGCAGACGGUCAAGCAAUUGCUGCUAAGCUGUCUAAACAGAUCACCAAUAAGACGAAUGCAAUAAAAGCUACUGUGGCCAAAUACAACGCUGCAUUGGCUUAUUGGAAGGAUCCAAUAGAUGGAAUGCCAGAACCGAUAAACUUCGAUGAUGUGAAAGAUCCAGAAUCUCCUAGCUAUCACCACUUAAGAGUUACAACUCCAUCAGACGACAACAUACCCUUAGAAUUUAAAAGAAGUGCAAUAGAUUUACACAAUUUCGUUGAACGAUGCAAAGAAGAGAUCGAGUAUCUCGACCUAGAAAUGGUGCGGUUGGUAGAGUACUUCCUCAAAAUGAAAAUGUCCUACCAGUCAUGUUGCAAUGAAGUGCAGGAAGAAGCAACUUCGGUUUAUGCCAAAGGGCUCAACUGUAUUUUUCAAUCACGAAUCCUUGAAUGUGAUAAUAAACUUCACAUGUUGGGUAAACUUUUCAAAGAUAACAUUCGCGAGGAGAUGAAAUGUUCCAUUCCUAGUAUGCAAUGGAAAUGCCAAAGUACUUUAUUAGAACAUGAAAUUGCUCGUGAAGAAGGAACACUGGACGUUUCAGAAUACUAUUCUGCAGACAACGACGACGAAGACGACGUUUAUUCAAUGUACGAUAGUUCCGACUCUGAUUCGGAAUCAAUUUGGAACGACGAAGAUAUGAGCUGGGAAUAAUAUAAAGAAAGCAUGAAAACGAGGUUAAAUACAAUGGCAACGUCAUUUUUAUGCUUCAUUUUAUAUUAUUCUUUAUAAAAGAUUUUAUAUUAUUCCUUUAUAAAAGAUUGAAAUCAUAUAUUUAAAUUAUUUCAUUUGCUGUAUAUAAAAGUUAAAUCCUAAUACGGUGUUGUUCUGAUUGUAAUAGAUAGUAUUUUUGCAAGUCACCCACUAUCUGUAUAUUGUUUUACAGCAGUUUUGCAUAAUCCCAUCCAUAGUACCGUAACAAUUGGUGGGGCCAAUCCCCCCUGUUGGUGCCUUGCAGAUACCCUGGAAAAUCUACUUUGGAACGACAUUCAGUCAUUAAGCUGAAGAUAGCUAUUAUAGUGCUCAUUUUACAUUUUAUAGUAUUCUAUAAUAUUAUAUAAUAUUCUAUUAUUCUAUAUUCUAUAUUGCAGUCUAGAAAGUUAGUGUGAAGGCAUGCUUUGAAUAGAUGAAGGUGACACGAAUUCGUUAAUGCUAUUAGUGCACAACUUCUGUAGUUUUCCUAAUGACGAACAAAAAAGCGGCGUAUGAUGUAAGGAAGUAAGAGAGACCGAAGUGUAUAUAGGGUGCUGUGUGUGGAAAGCAGGUACUGUACCUAUAGUAGAGCAGAAUGUCAGGAAGCCACUGCAUGAUUAGGGACCAGUCAUGCCGGGUGGAGCUGGAGCAUCGAGAUCGCGUGGCGGU